AUGGUCCGGCUCCUCCUGGUUUUCUUCCCAGCUAUCUUUUUGGAGAUGUCCCUUCUCCCCAGAGGCCCCGGCAGGAAACUGUUGCUGGCAGGAGCCUCGUCUCAGCGCUCAGUGGCCAGAAUGGACGGAGAUGUCAUCAUUGGGGCCCUCUUUUCAGUCCACCACCAGCCUCCGGCCGAGAAGGUCCCCGAGAGGAAGUGUGGGGAGAUCAGGGAGCAGUAUGGCAUCCAGAGGGUGGAGGCCAUGUUCCACACGUUGGAUAAGAUCAACGCGGACCCGGUCCUUCUGCCCAACAUAACCCUGGGCAGUGAGAUCCGAGAUUCCUGCUGGCACUCCUCUGUGGCUCUGGAGCAGAGCAUUGAGUUCAUCAGGGACUCUCUGAUUUCCAUGCGAGACGAGAAGGACGGGCUCAACCGGUGCCUGCCUGAUGGCCAGACCCUCCCCCCAGGCAGGACUAAGAAGCCCAUUGCCGGCGUGAUCGGCCCGGGCUCCAGCUCCGUAGCCAUUCAAGUGCAGAACCUGCUCCAGCUCUUCGACAUCCCCCAGAUCGCAUAUUCCGCCACAAGCAUCGACCUGAGUGACAAAACUUUGUACAAAUACUUCCUGAGGGUUGUCCCUUCUGACACUUUGCAAGCAAGGGCGAUGCUUGACAUAGUCAAGCGUUACAAUUGGACCUAUGUCUCCGCAGUCCACACGGAAGGGAAUUACGGGGAGAGCGGAAUGGAAUCUUUCAAAGAGCUGGCUGCCCAGGAAGGCCUCUGCAUCGCCCAUUCAGACAAAAUCUACAGCAAUGCUGGGGAGAAGAGCUUUGACCGACUCCUGCGCAAGCUCCGAGAGCGGCUUCCCAAGGCCAGAGUGGUGGUUUGCUUCUGCGAAGGCAUGACCGUCAGGGGCCUCCUGAGUGCCAUGCGGCGCCUGGGAGUCGUGGGCGAGUUCUCCCUCAUAGGAAGUGAUGGCUGGGCAGACAGAGAUGAAGUCAUUGAAGGUUAUGAGGUGGAAGCCAACGGGGGAAUCACGAUAAAGCUGCAGUCUCCAGAGGUCAGGUCCUUUGAUGAUUAUUUCCUGAAACUGAGGCUGGACACUAAUACGCGGAAUCCCUGGUUCCCUGAGUUCUGGCAACAUCGGUUCCAGUGCCGCCUACCAGGGCACAUUCUGGAAAAUCCCAACUUUAAAAGAAUCUGCACAGGCAAUGAAAGCUUAGAAGAAAACUAUGUCCAGGACAGUAAGAUGGGGUUUGUCAUCAACGCCAUCUAUGCCAUGGCACAUGGGCUACAGAACAUGCACCACGCCCUCUGCCCUGGCCAUGUGGGCCUCUGUGAUGCCAUGAAGCCCAUCGAUGGCAGCAAACUCCUGGACUUCCUCAUCAAGUCCACGUUCAUCGGUGUAUCUGGAGAGGAGGUGUGGUUUGAUGAGAAAGGGGAUGCUCCUGGAAGGUAUGAUAUCAUGAAUCUGCAGUACACUGAAGCUAAUCGCUAUGACUAUGUACAUGUUGGAACUUGGCAUGAAGGGGUGUUGAACAUUGAUGAUUACAAAAUCCAAAUGAACAAGAGUGGAAUGGUACGGUCUGUGUGCAGUGAGCCUUGCUUAAAGGGUCAAAUUAAGGUCAUACGGAAAGGAGAAGUCAGUUGCUGCUGGAUUUGCACUGCCUGCAAAGAGAAUGAAUAUGUGCAAGAUGAUUUCACCUGCAAAGCCUGUGACUUGGGAUGGUGGCCCAAUGCAGAUCUAACAGGCUGUGAACCCAUUCCUGUCCGCUAUCUGGAGUGGAGCAACAUAGAAUCCAUCAUAGCCAUUGCCUUUUCCUGCCUGGGCAUCCUUGUUACCUUGUUUGUUACCCUUAUCUUCGUGCUGUACCGGGAUACACCAGUGGUCAAAUCCUCCAGUCGGGAGCUCUGCUACAUUAUUCUAGCUGGAAUCUUCCUCGGUUACGUGUGCCCUUUCACUCUCAUUGCCAAACCUACUACCACAUCCUGCUACCUCCAGCGCCUCCUGGUCGGCCUCUCCUCUGCCAUGUGCUACUCUGCUUUAGUGACCAAAACCAAUCGCAUUGCACGCAUCCUGGCUGGCAGCAAGAAGAAGAUCUGCACCCGCAAGCCCAGGUUUAUGAGUGCCUGGGCCCAGGUGAUCAUUGCCUCAAUUCUAAUUAGUGUGCAGCUAACUUUGGUGGUAACCCUGAUCAUCAUGGAGCCCCCCAUGCCCAUUGUGUCCUACCCAAGCAUCAAAGAAGUCUACCUUAUCUGCAAUACCAGCAACUUGGGUGUGGUGGCCCCUUUGGGCUACAAUGGACUCCUCAUCAUGAGCUGUACCUACUAUGCCUUCAAGACCCGCAAUGUGCCCGCCAACUUCAAUGAGGCCAAAUAUAUCGCCUUCACCAUGUACACCACCUGCAUCAUUUGGCUGGCUUUUGUGCCCAUUUACUUUGGGAGCAACUACAAAAUCAUUACUACCUGCUUUGCAGUGAGCCUCAGUGUAACGGUGGCCCUGGGGUGCAUGUUCACUCCCAAGAUGUACAUCAUCAUUGCCAAGCCCGAGAGGAAUGUACGCAGUGCCUUCACCACCUCGGAUGUAGUCCGCAUGCACGUGGGCGAUGGCAAGCUGCCCUGCCGCUCCAACACUUUCCUCAACAUUUUCCGAAGAAAGAAACCAGGGGCAGGGAAUGCCAAUUUUAAUGGCAAGUCUGUGUCAUGGUCUGAACCAGGUGGAAGACAGGUGCCCAAGGGACAGCACAUGUGGCACCGCCUCUCUGUGCACGUGAAGACCAAUGAGACGGCCUGCAACCAAACAGCCGUCAUCAAACCCCUCACUAAAAGUUACCAAGGCUCCGGCAAGAGCCUGACCUUUUCCGAUACCAGCACCAAGACCCUUUACAACGUGGAAGAGGAGGAUGCCCGGCCGAUCGGCUUCAGCCCGCCCAGCAGUCCUUCUACGGUGGUGCACCGACGCGUGCCAGCCGCGGUGAGCACCCCGCCUCUGCCGCCCCGCCUGACCGCAGAGGAGACCCCCCUCUUCCUGGCCGACCCGGCCGUCCCCAGGGGCUUGCCCCCUCCCCUCCAGCAGCCGCCGCCGCCGCCCGCGCAGAAAUCCCUCAUGGACCAGCUGCAGGGAGUGGUCAGCAAUUUCAGCGCCGGGCUCCCGGAUUUCAACUCGGUGCUCGCAGUGCCCGGGGCUCCGGGGAACGGGCUGCGGCCCCUGUUCCCGCCCCCGGCGCCGCCGCAGCCCCUGCAGAUGCUGCCGCUGCAGCUGAGCACCUUCGGGGAGGAGCCCGUCUCCCCGUCGGCCGAGGACGACGACGAGGACGACAGCGAGAGGUUCAGGCUCCUGCAGGAGUACUUGUACGAGCGGGAAGGGAACACGGAGGAGGACGAGCUGGAGGAGGGGGAGGAGGAGGAGCUGCAGGCGGCCAGCAAACCAACCCCAGAGGAUUCGCCCGCCCUGACGCCUCCGUCCCCCUUCCGCGACUCGGUGGCCUCGGGCAGCUCGGCGCCCAGCUCCCCCGUGUCCGAGUCGGUGCUCUGCAGCCCUCCCAGCGUGACCUACGCCUCUGUCAUCCUGAGGGAUUAUACGCAAAGCUCUUCCACCCUGUAG